UACUAAGUAUGCGAACCUGCGGUCGUUUCAAGUACAGGAUCAAUGUGUUCUUGUUCUGUCUCUCCUCUAAAGGUCAAAAGGCUCGACAAUCUACACUAUGAGCAGUCUUCUCUCUUGUGCCCAGGACUUCGGCAAUAGACAGCGCGUCCAUAUAAUCCUGCUUGUUUCCUAUUCUCUGAUCUGUUACAUCUCUGAUCAUCUUCUUCCGGAAGAAAAAUCUUUGUCCUUAUGCGGACAACACGCUGUCUGUCCUCCCCGCCACAAAAUCUUGUGUUACAGAUCUGGUUGCUUGUCACCGUCUCAAAAGUACUAGGUAUCUCCUGCAUGUCCUGCUUGUUCUUUGGCGCUCGAAAAGACUGAAACUCACUUGGCAUGGGAGACUCUUUCCUCUUUCUGAAAGGUCAUGA